CCCAGCCGCGGGCAGCCGGGCGCCCCGGGCCGGCGGCGGCUCUCGCCCGGCGGCCGGCCCCGCCCGGGCCCCCAUGGCUCCUCCCGGCGCCUUCGGACACCUGAGCCUGGCGCUGGGCGCCGCCGUGGCCGCCCUGGGCUCGAUCCUCUUCAUCGCCUGGAGAACGUACUUCCCCGGCGGCGGCCGCUGGGGGGCGCGCUGGGGGCCGCCGCCGGCCGCGGGGCAGCUGGAUUUCUCCAUGCGGCAGGUCCUGGUGCUGGGCCUGGAGGGAGCUGGGAAGAGCAGCGUUCUCCACUACAUCUCCAGUGAGGCAGCCAAGGACCACACAGCACCCACCCAGGGCUUCAACUCAGUCCAAGUGUACGCAGAAGGCUUCCAGAUCGACCUGCUGGAGCUCGGCGGCAGCCAGAACUUGCGAUUUUACUGGAACCAGUACCUGAGUCAGGCCCACGUGCUGGUGUUCGUAGUGGACUCUUCAGACGGGCCACGCCUCCCUACAGCUCGACAGGAGCUGCACUGGCUGCUGGCUGAGGAUCCUCGGUUGCCCUUGGUCGUCCUGGCCAACAAACAGGACAAGGGUGAUGCCCUGAGCACAGCUGAGCUGCACCAGGAGCUGGCCCUGCACACGCUGAAUGGACAGAGGGAAUUCUUCCUGCUGCCCACGAGCGCCACUCACGCUGCGCUGGCCAGUGCCACCAGCAUCCGGCGUGUGAAGAGUCUACUGGUGGAACUGCUCUCCCAGCUCUGAAGUGCUCUUCACGCUCUAGAGACGGGCAGGUUGGACUGACCCUGCUGCUGCUCGUCUUUGCCUGGAACUGAGGUGCUGGACUGGAGACUGCUGGCUCUGCACUGUCAGGGGCCAGAGCCGCUCUACUCCCAUGCUGCUAUCCCCAAUCGGCUUCUCUAUGCUCCCCUGGGGAGAUGCUGUGCAGUUACACCCCCCUUGGGAUCUAUACAUGCUGCCCUCAGGACGCAGCGGCCCAGCCCAGUCAUGGAUCUCUGGCGAGAUGGGAGAACAGCCUUUGUCCCCAUGCAGCUCACGGGCGGAGUCUCCCAUCUCUAGCUGGGGCACAGUGAUGUUUACACACAAUAUCCCCAAGCCCCCCAGUGACAAAUUGACAAACCUAAAUGAAGGAUGCGUAGGCAGGCCCCCUGGGUGCUUCCUGGCACAGGAAGGGCAGGAGAUGGGGCAGAGGAGGGGCCAUAGGAGCUCCUGCAGCGAGGCUCUUCUGUGGCAGGCAGCAAUUCAUAGAAUCAUAGAAUAUCAGGGUUGGUAGGGACCUCAGGAGGUCAUCUAGUCCAACCCCCUGCUCAAAGCAGGGCCAAUCCCCAAUUAAAUCAUCCCAGCCAGGGCUUUGUCAAGCCUGACCUUAAAAACUUCUAAGGAAGGAGAUUCUACCACCUCCCUAGGUAACGCAUUCCAGUGUUUCACCACCCUCCUAGGGAAAAAGUUUUUCCUAAUAUCCAACCUAAACCUCCCCCACUGCAACUUGAGACCAUUACUCCUUGUCCUGUCCUCUUCUACCACUGAGAAUAGCCUAGAACCAUCUUCUCUGGAACCACCUCUCAGGCAGUUGAAAGCAGCUAUCAAAUCCCCCCUCAUUCUUCUUUUUUGCAGACUAAACAAUCCCAGUUCCCUCAGCCUCUCCUCAUAAGUCAUGUGUUCCAGACCCCUAAUCAUUUUUGUUGCCCUUCGCUGGACUCUCCCCAAUUUUUCCACAUCCUUCUUGUAGUGUGGGGCCCAAAACUGGACACAGUACUCCAGAUGAGGCCUCACCAAUGUCGAAUAGAGGGGAACGAUCACGUCCCUCAAUCUGCUCGCUAUGCCCCUACUUAUACAUCCCAAAAUGCCAUUGGCCUUCUUGGCAACAAGGGCACACUGCUGACUCAUAUUCAGCUUCUCGUCCACUGUCACCCCUAGGUCCUUUUCCGCAGAACUGCUGCCUAGCCAUUCGGUCCCUAGUCUGUAGCGGUGCAUGGGAUUCUUCCGUCCUAAGUGCAGGACCCUGCACUUAUCCUUAUUGAACCUCAUCAGAUUUCUUUUGGCCCAAUCCUCCAAUUUGUCUAGGUCCCUCUGUAUCCUAUCCCUGCCCUCCAGCGUAUCUACCACUCCUCCCAGUUUAGUAUCAUCCGCAAAUUUGCUGAGAGUACAAUCCACACCAUCCUCCAGAUCAUUUAUGAAGAUAUUGAACAAAACCGGCCCCAGGACCGACCCCUGGGGCACUCCGCUUGACACCAGCUGCUAACUAGACAUGGAGCCAUUGAUCACUACCCGUUGAGCCCGACAAUCUAGCCAACUUUCUACCCACCUUAUAGUGCAUUCAUCCAGCCCAUACUUCUUUAACUUGCUGACAAGAAUACUGUGGGAGACCGUGUCAAAAGCUUUGCUAAAGUCAAGAAACAAUACAUCCACUGCUUUCCCUUCAUCCACAGAACCAGUAAUCUCAUCAUAGAAGGCAAUUAGAUUAGUCAGGCAUGACCUUCCCUUGGUGAAUCCAUGCUGACUGUUCCUGAUCACUUUCCUCUCAUGUAAGUGCUUCAGGAUUGAUUCUUUGAGGACCUGCUCCAUGAUUUUUCCGGGGACUGAGGUGAGGCUGACUGGCCUGUAGUUCCCAGGAUCCUCCUUCUUCCCUUUUUUAAAGAUUGGCACUACAUUAGCCUUUUUCCAGUCAUCUGGGACUUCCCCCGUUCACCACGAGUUUUCAAAGAUAAUGGCCAAUGGCUCUGCAAUCACAGCCGCCAAUUCCUUUAGCACUCUCGGAUGCAACUCGUCCGGCCCCAUGGACUUGUGCACGUCCAGCUUUUCUAAAUAGUCCCUAACCACCUCUUUCUCCACAGAGGGCUGGCCAUCUAUUCCCCAUGUUGUGAUGCCCAGCGCAGCAGUCUGGGAGCUGACCUUGUUCGUGAAGACAGAGGCAAAAAAAGCAUUGAGUACAUUAGCUUUUUCCACAUCCUCUGUCACUAGGUUGCCUCCCUCAUUCAUUAAGGGGCCCACACUUUCCUUGGCUUUCUUCUUGUUGCCAACAUACCUGAAGAAACCCUUCUUGUUACUCUUGACAUCUCUCGCUAGCUGCAGCUCCAGGUGCGAUUUGGCCCUCUGAUUUCAUUCCUACAUGCCUGAGCAAUAUUUUUAUACUCUUCCCUGGUCAUAUGUCCAACCUUCCACUUCUUGUAAGCUUCUUUUUUAUGUUUAAGAUCCGCUAGGAUUUCACCGUUAAGCCAAGCUGGUCGCCUGCCAUAUUUACUAUUCUUUCGACACAUGGGAAUGGUUUGUCCCUGUAACCUCAACAGGGAUUCCUUGAAAUACAGCCAGCUCUCCUGGACUCCUUUCCCCUUCAUGUUAGCCCCCCAGGGGAUCCUACCCAUCCGUUCCCUGAGGGAGUCGAAGUCUGCUUUCCUGAAGUCCAGGGUCCGUAUCCUUCUGCUUACCUUUCUUCCCUGUGUCAGGAUCCUGAACUCUACCAACUCAUGGUCACUGCCUCCCAGAUUCCCAUCCACUUUUGCUUGCCCCACUAAUUCUUCCCGGUUUGUGAGCAGCAGGUCAAGAAAAGUUCUGCCCCUAGUUGGAGCUAUUGCUAAUUGUCUUUCCAUUGUGCGAAGGGAGCAGAAUCCCUCAUGCGGCCAGGGCUCCUGCAGUGGGAUUAAUGGGGCUGCUGGUACCACGCUGUCCCAUGGCCAGUUACUGCCCUCUGCUAGGGAGGAGUCUCCCUGGCCCCGCUCCUGUCUGCUCACAGUUGCAAAGAGACAGCAGCUCUUUACAUGUACUGCUGCUGGGAAUGGGCCAGUCUGGCCAUGCAGGGGAGCCCACGUUCUCGGGGUGAGACUGGCCCCUCUGCUGGCAGCGGGAGGAGGUGGCGUUUUUGUCUUGCUCUGCUCAUUGGAGCUGGCUAGCCAGGGUAGCUUCUGCCCAUGGAGGGACAGUUUGGGGGGGCGGCGAGCUGGGGAGAGCCCAGUUGGGGCAGCUUUUCUCCCCUGCCUCCCAGGGACUCUUCCCUUCCCUUUAAAAAGCUUUGCAGGCAGGUGUCUCCCAUGGCUGUGAACCACAACAGGUACCGGAGCCACAGUGAGGGGACACCUGUGCUGCUAACCCCCAGGAAAGGGGGAAGCUCCUGGAGUCAGUCGCUGCCCAAGCCGUCCGCCCUGCAGGGACAGAUGGGGUAGGUGCUUAACAGACAGAGGCACUGGUGCCAGUCCAGCCUCCAAGCAAAAGUCUGCAGUUGGUACAGGUACAUCCCUGCACUCACCCCCACCCACGGUGAGGAAAGGCAGUUGAGGCUCCUACAGGCCUGUACUGGGCCCAUAUGCUGUGUCUGGAACAAAGCUCCACUGGGAGAGUAAACCACCCCCAGCAGCAGUGGCUGAAACAUUCCUGAGCAGCCCCAGGUGUGGGGCAGAGAGCCCUGCCAGAAGCAAGUGGGAGUGAGAGGUGCCUUGCUGGGAGACAAAGGAGGGGCAGGUGCCUGCUGUUACACAGGAAGGGUGCACCUGCCCAUUCCUGUCUCCAGCUGCCUAAGGACCAGGUGCUUCCCUGGCUUGUACUCACAGCCUGAGUGUGGAAGAGGCCAAGGGUAGGUUGGUCUGCCUGCCCCAUGUUCAGCAGGAGAUGGGUGUAGAAGGGGAGAGGGGUGUUUUCUAGAGCUCUUUAGGUGCUCCUUGGGGAGCAACUCUUCCCCAAGCCAUGUAGUUGCUCUGCUUCCUGCUACCCCCCUUCCUUCCCCUCUCCUUGUGUUAGGGGACGAGGCAGGGUGCGGGCAGAGGAGCUACAGGGCCCCCCAGCACUGGUGCAGCGCUACUUUAAUGCAUUCAGGCCAUUUGCUGCUGCCAACCCCAGGGCUGGCAUUGCAGAAGGGCACAGGCAGGGGGAUCUUGUGCAGGCUGAGUGAGCAGAGCCUUCAGGGUCAGUAGCACUCAAGGCUGGCAGCUGCUCUCAGUUACCAAGGGGAUAAGCCUGAGCCUUGUGCAGUAAGUCCCUCCGUGCAGUACCACAGAAAAGCCCCUGGGAGGGGCAGGCGUUCUCUAGGGCCAGUGACAUUCAGCCUGAGGCAGGGGAACAACAAGUGGCUCUUUGCAGCUCCUGCUAUGAAAACACUGUGAUUUCAUUAACCAGUCAGGCUGCUUUUACUAUAUUAACCAAUUGCACUUGAUAAAAAUACUUGGUCAGCCAUUUUGCUGUGAGAAUAAUCUAUACAAACUAAAUAUUUCCCCGUCACACUGUUUAAAUAUGACUAGUACAAUAGUAAAUGGAACGAUGAAUUCA